AUCAGCAAUGAAAAGGCGGAGGUAGCAUGUACAGAGAUGAUCCAAAGCAUCAACGAUAACCGUGCCUUCCUCCAGCAUGAGCUGACUCUACGCGGGGAGGGAAUCGCCAGAAGAUGGAGGAAGAAGACUUUGAAGAACAGAGAGGGCCUUCUGAAAACCGUCGAUCCGGAGAUGUACGAUAGAAAGUGGCAUGAAGGACAUAUUGGAUACGAAGCCCGAUACGACAACUGGCUCAUUGAGGCACGCAAGUACCAAAAUCUCCACCUACUGCCUUAUAUGAGCCUCGAGAACUUGAAGGAGGACCCGUCUCGGCUUAUCAAGCUUCUUCAACUUCGGACCAAGUACUCUCCUGCGGACCUUGCUGCAGCGGACAAUCGCAGACUUUCUUUCGGUUGGACAACAGGGAUUCUCGAAACCGCCUUUAAUGGAUAUGCUGUCGUUAUGUAUGGCCCCCGGUAUGGUAGCCUUGUGCCCUGGGUCCGCGAUGAAGUGCACCGAGGUGAUAGUAUAGGCUUUCCUAGAGGUCAACUGAUCUUGAAGGCUCAGAACCAUCUUCCAUCGGUACUUCGAGGAGUUGUUGAAGUGCUCAUCGAUGGUCUUCCUGAGGAUAAAGACAUUGCGGCCUCCACGAAUCCAAGUCUUCUCGCCUUGCCAAAUACUGGGGAGAGUACAGUCUAUGUCGACGAAGCAUUUUCGAGUUGUUCUACUAUUUUUGAUCUUGAGAAGCUGUCGGACAUUGCGAGCAGCUAUUUCAAAUUGGCACGAGACCAUCUCUCCCAUUUACAGAUAGAUUUGGCAUAUAUGCGGCGUUAUGUCCAAAUUAUUCAGAAAUUUGGGUACUCUAAACUUCCAGAGAAGAUCACUUUCUUCAUGACAACACGAGAUCUUGAUUAUGAAGCGUGGGGGAUUCGACAUUGGGCUUGGAUCCGCGAAGAGAUUUCAGAGCUCAAGCAAAUUCAAGCAAGAUUUGCAGAUCAAAUCAACUGUGAUCAAACUGUGCCUCCAAAAUACAGGAACAAGCUGGCGUCUUUCGAAGCCCUGAUCAUUCACCUUUUGGAUGUACAGUCGCGUCACAUUCAAUUUGGGUUUCCUUACCAUCCAGGCUUCCAGCAUCAUUACGAUUUCGAGUACUCCAUGGAGGAUAGCACAAUUCACCUAUCUCAUGGUUUCAAGGGCCGGAGCGAUGACCUUCGCGAACAAGCUAUAGCAAAUGCUGAGAGCUUUGUGAAGGACCCACUACACUGGUGCGUCGCUUCUUUGACCAUAAACCCCGAUGCCCCAGGAGUGUUGGACAAAUUUCGAGUACUUGAAUUCUUGGACCAACACCUUAGCAAGGCAACCACAGAAGAGCGAGCAAGAAUUGAUGAGACACUUUUGAGAAAGAUAUCAGACCUGGCCGCUUUCAACGAGUUGCUCACGCUCGUGCGUUUGCAUCGUCCACGCGCAGUACAGCGAGACAUGAGUGAAAUGAGAUCCACUGAAGAAAGCUUAGCCUGGAGGUUUAUGAGUAAGACCAGGAUCAAGUAUGAAUUAGACCAUAAUAGGGAGAUGAUGAGUACUGAGCGAACCCUCCAGGAGAUCCCUCUACUUUAUAACACUUUAGGUCACUUAUUGAGGGCCUUUAUGGAUCAGGAACCACCCAAGGACAUGUCGGACCGCGGCUGGAUGAUUAAGGAUAUUGCACAACGAAAGGCACUUCGAUGCUUCUGGGACGGUCUCCGCCAACAGCACCAAAAGAGGCUCAAGGAUGCAGGAAUUAGCCGUACUGAUAUCGUGGACGACUUGAAGCUUAUCAGCGCCGAUAGCGAUCCCGUUUUUCUUGCCGCACUCGAAGCUGAGAGAAAGGAAUUCUUGGCUCACUCAAUGGGUGUACCUCCUUCGGCUAAGGAACCUAGACCUCGUCCCCGACAGUCGAUAAAAGACACGAAUGUGCGGCAAGAAAAGGUUUCCCAAGGCCUCGUUGAACCAACGAAAUUCAAGCCUAAGACACGAGGAGAGGCAUCAAGUAUUGACCAAGAGCUUGAGGAUUUGAACAUCAUUCCUAGUAAUGACGCUCAAGUACCUUCUGAGAAAGUCCCAGUCAAGAAAUCGGCGUUCGAGGUUUUCAGCAGCCUCUUCCCGAGACGAGGAGGCUCGAAGAGUGUUCUUUGGGAUAAGUUUGUCGAUGCCAUGGCCAAAGUAGGCUUCAUGUCUCGACGCAGCGGCGGCUCUGCUGUGACCUUCGAACCCAGUGGGGAAUCAAAGUGGUAUGGACAGGGAAGUAUUGUCUUCCAUCGCCCUCACCCUGAUUCUACGAUCGAUCCUGUGAUGCUUAACUCGAUUGGAAAGCGCAUGAAGAAGUGGUUUGGAUGGGGCAAUGAGACAUUUGAGCUAGGAAACUGA